AUGGAUUUGAACGCAACCGACUCGAAUCUCCCGCCUUCCGGCGCGUCUCCCAGCCGUUUCGACUCCCCAGACGUCGACACACACUCAUGUCAACUAAUGGGACCAACUGCUCUGGUCGUCCAAGCACUUAUGGGCGUGCUAGUGAUACUUUCGUUAGUAUACAAACGCCAUCGGGAGAAGCCUAUGCGGCCGUGGAGGAUAUGGAUAUUCGAUGUCUCAAAACAAAUCGUUGGCCAAAUGUUCGUUCACGGAGUCAACGUGCUCGUCUCUGAUCUGGUUUCUAAAUACACGACAAAUAAUGCGUGUGUAUUCUACUUCCUCAACAUUCUCAUAGACACGACGCUCGGCGUUGGGUUACUAUACGCAAUCCUCCGCUUUCUUACCUUCGUUAUGACCGAGAGGUUGCAGCUCAAAGGCUUCGAAUCUGGCGUAUAUGGAACCCCGCCCUCGUUCAAAUUCUGGUUACGUCAAGCCAGCAUUUAUGUUUGUGCGCUUUGCACCAUGAAGCUCAUGGUCAUCGUGCUCCUUGCAUUAUUACCUGGGCUCUUUACAUUGGGCUCAUGGCUCUUGAGCUGGACAUGGACGGGCGAAGGGGACUCUAUCCAAGUUAUCUUCACCAUGGGCAUUUUUCCAAUAUGCAUGAACAUCCUUCAGUUUUGGCUCAUCGAUUCAAUUGUCAAAGCUUCCGGAGUUGCGUUAGAUAUGGACAGUCCAGACCCACUUGACCGCGAGCCAUUAUUUAGGGCUCCAGAUGACGACGACAACGACGACUCUGCUUUUGUUCAAGGGCCAACGGAUAUCGAACACCGACCUCGACCGCGCUCACAAUCACCAGAGAGUACUGGCUCUGACCCAUCUGACACUUUGCGAACCCCGUCAGAAACUAAAUAUUCUGGCGGAAGUACUCCCACUCAGCCUAUCGACGUAGAAACUCAUGCGUAUCCACCAAGCGUAGCUUCCUCAACAUCUUCUUCCCCCCUUCAAGCGCAAGUGAUUAGAGAAGCGACCAAGCUGAAGCCAAAGCGGCGAGGUGUUCCUGCACCGAUUCAUAUCCAAAACCACAAUCGACCAGCAGUGAAUUCACCCAGGACAGCACCCAAUACUGCGAAUCCUGCACCACCUCCAGACAAUGACUGGGGAGACUCUUGGGAUGACCAAGACGACUGGGCAGACAAGGUUGGUGAGGAGGAGUGGACGGGGAAGAGGAUGGAGGAGAAGAAAGGUCAGUUGUCGGCUUGGGAUACGGGGAGUCCGUUGGUCAACAGCCUGAGUAUGCAUGUUGAGGCAGCAUCAUAG